AUAACUUGUGUUGUGAUUGGAGAUGUAUUGAAUCAGGGUCAGAAUGUACUGGUCGUGGUCACUGGUGAUGGUCUCAUACACCUGUUUUGCCUGCUAUCACAGACUGCCAAUGCUCAUAAGCAGGAGUCAGAAGCGAAAUUGGACCACUGUAUUAGCCAAGAGAGCAGUGAGACAAUCUUGCCUACUUACACACAGAAAGUACCGGCUAAUAUUUAUAUCGCUCUACUCGCUGACAUAGACGGCGACGGACAGUUGGAGUUCGUCGUGGCGAUGACCGAUCGCGUCGUGAGGUCCUACAGGUGGCGCUGUACGUCGGGCGAUGCGGAGGCGGGUGGGAGCGGGUGCCUCGUCGCUCAACACAAGUGGGAGAUGUUCAGUCAGAUCGGCAGCGUGGAUGUGAACAGCGAUGAGUUUGGCCGGCAGUACCUGAUGGUGUCGCAGCCCGGCGGAACAUACGUCAGCCUGAUAAAUGCGAAUGGUCUUGGUGUCAACUGUUGCUGCAAUUCAGGUCAGUAUUCGACGACUAUGUGGAAUAGUGCUGCCUGUCUGGUGUAUGCAACAUUCAACAACAACAUCUACCUAUACCACAACAUCCUGAUGCCUCAGCUGUGCAGUCGUAACCUCCUAGAGGUGAUGGAGAAGGAGGAAGGAUUGUGCGAUCUCCUCUCUGCGCUGCAAGUGGAUUCGUCCAGCCCGUCGGAACUGAAGCAGCUGUACCGGUGGUGCCUCUAUGGACAGCACCCACAGUAGUCUCUCCCCGCCAGGGUCUCUCCCUGCCAGGGUCUCUCCCUGCCAGUCUCCCUGCCAGGGUCUCUCCCUGCCAGGGUCUCUCCCUGCCAGGGUCUCUCCCUGCCAGUCUCCCCGCCAGGGUCUCUCCCUGCCAGGGUCUCUCCCUGCCAGUCUCUCCCUGCCAGUCUCUCCCUGCCAGGGUCUCUCCCUGCCAGUCUCUCCCUGCCAGGGUGUCUCCCCGCCAGUCUCCCCGCCAGGGUCUCUCCCUGCCAGUCUCUCCCUGCCAGGGUCUCUCCCUGCCAGGGUCUCUCCCUGCCAGUCUCCCCGCCAGGGUCUCCCUGCCAGGGUCUCCCCGCCAGGGUCUCCCCGCCAGGGUCUCUCCCUGCCAGUCUCUCCACCAGUCCCUCCCUGCCGGUUUCUGCUGGACAGAGUCAGAGGUUCGGAGUGACGCAAGAUCCGUGAAGGCGGCCAUGGCUUCCUAGGGGAGGGAGGUCGGGGUAUCGUCACCGUCGCUUAGCGCGAGGCCAACAUCGUGAUCGCUGUGAUCAUGUGUUUUCACCAGUAAGAAUCGAUCGUUUUCUCAAGUCUCGAAUAAUCUGAUUAUUCGGUGAUGCGAUUUUUGAAUAAAUGUUGCUGUGCACGCGAGAA